AUGUUUUCCUUGGUAGAAUUCGAUAAUGGAGAUAUGUAUGUAUACCCUUCAUCUAAAGUCCAAACUAUUGAAGGUGCAGUAGUGACAGUGAGCCAUAAGGGCAGAGGUAAAUACAGAGCUAGACUGCUCUGUGAAAAUAUUGAUGAAACAUUUUUAAAUAAUCUCAAGGAUGACAUCGAGAACAAACGAUUGUACAUUUCAAUAACAGCUGGAGAAUAUCAUAGCUUUGAUCGUUCAUUUGUGAGAAAAUGCUUAUUCGAGCAAAAUACUCCACAGGCUAUUCCAAAUGAUUCAUUUGAACAAUUUAACCAAGAAUUAGAAAAUAAUCAGGAAAGUUCUUUAAGCAGAGAUUAUGAAAUAAUUGAGAAGAUUUAUGAUAAGAAUGAUCAAGAUAUUGAUUCAUAUGAUCAUGAUGACAGUGGAUCAGAAUGGCUACCAGAUGAAGAACAGGAACAAGAACAAUGGGAUGUCCUAUUUGGAGAUUCAAAAGUCUCAUCCAUAUCAUCAGAGAAUGCAUCGACAUAUAAAACUGAAAUGGAAGAUCAAUCAUCUGUUCCUGGUAUUACUAGUAUAUUUACAUCAGUAAUCGUGGAAGACUACCGAUGUCCAUCUGAUAUCGUCCGGAGUAUUUCGACUAUCCCUGUGGUACUUGCUGAAGCUGAAACAUCAUCAUCAUCAGUACCUGAUCAACCUGUUCAAAAAAAGAUAAGUGCAAAAAAACACAGUUGCCUGUUUUGUGGCACAUUGGUCGUCAAUUUGCCUAGACACUUGAGAUCUAUGCAUAUGGAAGAGGAAAGUGUGAAAGCUGCAGUUGAUGCUUCAACAAAAUUUUUGCAAGGAGAAAGGAAUCCGAAAUACAGAAACCACACUGCAUUUGAAGAAUUGAGGAAACGUGGCGAUCACCACUACAAUUAUAUAAAUAAUUGUGAAAAUAUUAUUCCUGUCAGGAAUUCUCCUAAACCUGAUCAAACUUCCUAUGUUUGUUGUCCUCUAUGUAAAGGCUUUUACUCACAUAAAUCUUUCAAGGGCCACUUCAGAAAUUGUCGAAUGAGGACAGAAAAAAAAGAUUUACUUCUCACUAUUACAAAUGCAAUGGGUGAGGCAAGAGUCAACGGUCGAGCAGUUAACAAAAAAGCUUCACCAGAACUCAUCAAAUACUUUUUUCCUUAUUUUACGAAACCAGCUCAAGCUGAAAUAUUAUUCAAAGAUGAUACUGCUGUAGAAUAUGGGAAUAAGUUAGUUACGAAAUAUUAUAGAACUAAUGCAGGUGGUAAACAUCACAUACAUAUCGCUUCUCAAUUAAGACUUCUUGCAGAUAUUUUUAUUAAUGCCAAAGUCAUUGAUACCAAUAUAAGAGAUAUUGCAGAUCUAUUACAUCCAAAGCACUAUGACAACAUAAUCAAAGCCAUCCAAUUACGAUGUGGUUACAACAAUGGUAUAUUCAAAUCACCUACAACUGCUAGCAAUUGUUGCACAUUACUUCUCAAAGUAAGCAAAUUUCUCAAAUGUGAGGCAAUAAAACGCAUUGAUAAUAUUGCCGAAAAGAGAUAUGCAAACUUUGAAUACCUCUUAGCAAAUAGCCAGAACCAUGAUAUAACAAGACAAGCACAAGAUAACAAAACACAAUUUCAACGACAAAAAAAGGAGAUUUUGCCUUCCACUGAAGAGAUCAAUGGUUUACUGAAAGUACUCGAUAUAGAAGUGACCUCAGCAUAUGAAAAGGCUUGUUCCAAUUUCGACCCAGAGAGUUAUACUGCCCUAGCGAAGGCCUCCUUGGCAUACUUAUUAGUAUUCAAUAGGAAGCGGCCUGGUGACGUUGAAAAGACACAAUUACUGGAAAUUCGUAGCAUGGCAAGAGUUGAUCAAGAACAUUUAUUGAAAUUGCCUGGUGAUGAUAAGAAACAUGCAGAGCAAUUUGCCAGAUACAUCACUCAAGGAAAACUCAAUAAAAAGGCAUCAAAUUUAAUCCCGAAAAAAGUUGAGCAAGCUAUUGAUCUCCUUGUACAAAAACGUAAUGAAAUUGGGAUACCAACUGAGAAUCAAUACUUAUUUGCUCGGAUAGGAUCAAGUUCUACCAGGUUGCCAUACUUCAAAGCUGAUGAAGCACUGAAGCUCAUCUGUCAACGCAACGAAUUGAAUUAUAAUAGGCUCAAUGCUAACAAACUGCGAAAACAUUUGGCAACAUGUACGGCAAUGUUAUCAUCUAAUGUUCAAAAUAUCAUCAGUGACUUCAUGGGCCAUACAAUGGCUGUACAUCAGAAUGUUUAUCAACAAAAACAGGCACAUACUGACAUUGUAGUCAUGGGGAAAGUGCUGUUGGAGGCUUCUGGUGUAUCUCAAAAUGAUAACUUGGCACCUGUUAUCCCAGAUAAUAAUGAUCCGGGAAUAGAGAGGUUAUUAUCAGAUUGGCGUAAUGAUGACGUUGGUGCUGAUCUGUCUAGUGCUUUCAACGAACAGGAUCUACCUGGCUCAUCUAAAACCCAUCUCGUUUUAGAUGAUCACGAAACCCUUCGAGACGAGCCGUUCGAACUUUCCACUAUUCUGGAAGAAUCAAAUAACAAUGUGGAAAUCAAGAGUGAAAGUCGUUGCGAACCGAAACGGAAAAUAUUGAAAACUAUCUCCAUUCCGAGGCGUACUUGGCGAACUCCGGAGAAGAGAGAAAUUCGAAAUCUCUUUAAGGAAUACAUACAAGAUCUCAAGGUGCCACCAAUACAUGAGGUACAAGAUAUACUGGUCAAUAAGGCCCCUCAUAUAUCUAGAAAUAUAACGAAGGUUCGCAGUUGGAUACACGCUGAAAUCAACCGAAUAAAAAAACAAAGGUGCGGUAUUCGAGUACAACGCUGGACAACACCGGAAAGACACAAAGUGAGGGAUCAUUUCAGAACAUAUUUUGAUGGAUUCAAAGAGACUUUCAAUCGAAAUUAUCCAUCCAAUGAAGAGCUCAAUGAAGCCAUUAAAACUAUCCCAGAGUUCAAAAACAAAAGUGCUGCUUUAUUGAGAUCAAAAAUCCAACAUGAGUUCAGAGAUAUCGAGCGACUUCAACAUACGGAACUAGAAGCAGAAACUUCAUUUAGUUCUGAAUCAUCUUAA